UUGAUUGGCUGUAAUUGGGACUCAAAUAAGCCAAUCAGAAUACAUUUUAGAAACACAUUGAGAAAUUUUAAUAAUGGCGGACGCAGCGAGGCAUUUUGGAGGUAAUGAACUUGAUCAUCCUGAAGUUCUUUCGAGAGAGCGGCUCCUAGAAAUUUUGUGCGAGAGAUCUUUGCGCCAGGAAGAUCUUGUGAAUUUAGAGAAAGGUGAUCUAGUCCAGCUGUUUUAUAAAUACGUCACGCCAUUGCCUCAAAGACUCCAUCAACUCCGCCGUGCGAAAAGGAUGAUACCUUGUGGCAAAUCUGAAGAAAGUAAUUGUUCAAAAGGAAGAACUUCUAAAGUAGUACGGUUAAGGAAAAGGAAAUCUGAAGAAAUUGUAGCUACAACUCCAAUCAAGAUAGCAAGAACAGAACAUAAAAACAGUAUCAAUAUUAACAAAACUCCUGCUUAUCUUGAUUCAAUAAACAAAGGAGUAAACUCAGUUUCCAUCAAUGCAACUUCUCCAACCACAAACACAAGAACUAGUCAUGAACGCAAUACAGUCAACAAAGCAAUCAAACCAAAAGUGAUUAAAUUGAAUAGAACAACUUUAGGACUUAAUGUGGAUAAGUCAUUUGAACACUCUGUACUGAAGGAUGAUUCCAGGUCAAGUUUAAAUGGUGGUGCACAAAAGGAAGUUGUUGCAUCCACAUCAUCGAGUGAAUCAGGUUCAGAUGUUAAUGAUACUGAAAUUAGAAACACAAAAAGGAAAUUUGAGAAAAUAGCCGUCACUUGGCCAUAAAUACAAAACUGAAGUACGCAUGAUGACAUAUUUUAUUCAAUGUAGAUAACAUUAGAUAACAUUUUUAUCAUUACUUGUUAUUUAAUUACACUGUAGUCGCAAAAUACCAAAGAAAUGAACAAACUUUCACUUGCUACUUUGUGGAGAUGUAGAACCAUGCAAAUUCAUUGAUUUGUCUUAAAAUUCCCAAAUAUUGAACAUAUGUAAAUCAACUAAGAGUAACUGUAAAGCUCUGAUAAUCAACUCCAGGUUUAUUACAUUUUGUGCUAAAGGCCUUUUGAUUUAUUUAUGGGAGGAAGGAGGGUGAAUUUAGGAGAUGGUGGGUAUUAUUGAAAGGUGUUUUCCAUCUGUGAUGUAGGGGGAGUCAUUUUGGGAUUUAUUUAGGGUGCCUAUUAUUAGAAUUUUACAGCAUUUCUCUUACAUAUUGAUUGAGUUUCAUAUCUCAUGUAAAUAUGCCAGCUCCAAGUAUGAGCUGUUUGUUGAGGCGUAAAUAGCUUUUUGAUUACAGCAAAUUGAAAAAGAGAAAUAAAAUAAGCCCAGUAAACAAUUUGUCUUGCAAAUUUAUUGAUUGAAGUACUAAUGUAAAGUAGUAGUUUUUAUGAUAUGAGUUACGAAUAUUAAAAUCUGUAUGCGAAAAUUUUUUAAACUCAUUUUCCACUUUUUUAACACUGAUCACAUUGGAUUAUGCCACAAUAUAGCCCAUUUUGCAGUUGUGUGCUU